CAUGAGAAGACAUCUCAUCUCAGAAAUAAAGUUCCAAUCGUUCUGCUCAACGCAUGAAUUGUCCGCAAAUCUGUCGACAUCAAAUCGUAUAAAUCAGCAAGUCAUUCAAAAAUCAAUCAUGCUCAUUAGUAUUACACCCAAAAACUCGGCAACUUCCAAUCUUCCAAUGACUUCCCGGUCACCUAGAUACUCUGUUCUCUCUCGGAAUUGGACACCCGGAUCGUCGAUUCAGUUUGCGCCUCCUCCCACCACGAAGACUCAUAUGCAGAAUGCUACGCUUCCUUUUGUGUCAAGGCUUUGCGCAACCACUCGGGUUAAACAACAGGACUUUCCCAAGCAGGCAAAGCUUCAAGCCAAGCACAUUCAACGUUUUCAUGUCAAGCAGACUGGUGGAUUUUGCGGCACGGUCCUGUUUAAGGUCUUAAGGACAAUGUUUCUCAUGUCUCUGACAAGUUCAUGUCCUCUUUCUUAUGGACUUUCCACGAUUUCCAUCGGUGGCAUCAAGGAAGAUGUCAAAGAUUUGGUAGCGUGUCUCAUUUUCAGACUAAUUUCGACGAAUCAGGGCGAGUUCAAGAUCGUAAAUCCUCGAGUCUCCAAUCUCAAAGAAGAAGACCGUCCGCGUCGCCUGCCUCGCCGCUCACCUGGCAGCCGAUCGAGCCAGUCACCAGACCCACUAUCAGUCUCCGCUAUCACCCCGCCUGCAAUCCUCCGAUGCCCUAAACGCGCCCUUAUCAAGACAGAAGAAAUCGACUUGCCCGGUGAUGCAACGGUGGAGUCUGAUGUCAACGACUCCCCCAGCGGCAUAUUGAAGAGCCGCUCGAAUCUGACGAUGGCGAGCCAUCCCCACGCACACCGCUACAAGAAGGCAAAGACUCCAUUCGAUAUCGAAGAAGUGAUAGCCAAAAGAGAGGCUGAGCGGGAAGCGAACAGAGCAGAUGCUGAGUCUUCCGAAAACAUUUCGACCGAAGAUGGCGUUGUCUUCUUCUCGGUCGAAGAGGCUACUCCGCCGCCAGAGCAGCUGCCCGAUUAUCACCCUGGCGCAGUCCCAAACUCAUCUCACACUGCUCGGCCCAGAUCAGCAGUCUUUCUCGCUCGCCAGAAAUUCCUGAAGACAAACAACGAUUGGGAGGUCGGAAAGCCACGGCCUGGGAGAUUCAAAGAAGUUUUCUACGAAUACAAGCCGCUGAAAGGGAUGAAGCCCAGAGAAUGGCCGCAGUGA